ACUGAAAAAAUAAAAUCACACCUAGGGUCUUAGAUGCAUUAACUAAAAAACGAACGAAAGGAGAGAAGACGACAAUUAGCUUGUGGAGUGAGCCUUCCUGCUAAAAACAGCUAAAGCGGAAACACAGGCACUCCAGCCCUCUCUCCAGUCUCCACCUAAUUAUCAACAGUCGCAGUAAAUGGUUUGGAGUCUGGACUGAACCUCCAAGUCCUGCUUCGUUCACCAACCAACGAACCCUGCUCCAUCUGCCCCCACACCGUCACACUUGUCCCGCUGCCGGAAAUUCCACACAUUCUUUCAUUCUGAUAUCUGUAUCUACUCAUUUAUUUAAUCAUUCAGCAACAGCCAGAUUAAGACGUGCUUGAUUUCUUAUGCGUUAACUUUGAUUGACGGGGAAGAUUUUUUUUUUGCGCAAAUUUUUGUUGCAAAGUGUAGCAGUAGAUAGGUGUAGGUUAGUGGUCCUGCUGGCGGGGGAUAGGGGGAGAAAAAGGGAGGCCAGGGCAGGGCCAUGGCGGUUCCACUUCACUUUUAAAGGAAGGAUUUUCCCCUCAAUUCAUUGUGUAACUGACGCCUCCAUUCCACAGUUUCUUUCUGAUUCUUCCCAUGCCCUCCGCCGAUAGCGAAAGCGUUAGACCAGAGAGACAGGUGUUUCUUGUUCACCUGUUCACGUCGCCGAUUUGGUUGGCAGACUGAGUGAUCUGUAAGCAAAAGACCGCUCCUACCGAUCACCCUCAAAAUCCACCCACAAAAAGAUCGAAAGCGAAACCCUGCUCUGUUUUGGCGCAAUUGCAAGGAUUCUCCCUUUCCUUUCCUUUCCUUUCCUUCCUCCUCCUUUUGUUGUUGUUUCCUGAGAGGGGAGAGUGGAAACUGAAGAGGGUUCUGCCACAAAUCUUGGAUGAACAAGUAUGCAAUGAGCGGCGGCGGAAUCGUCGGACAUGGAGCGCCGGAGCUGGCUAUGGAGAAGGAAGUCCUCCCCAACUCUGCCCCCAGAUUUCUCUGACGCCGGCUCGCUUGGGUCACUCUCUGAACGCUUCUCCGAUGAUCAUCAUCAGGCAUCGUAUUCGUCAACUCCAACUCGAACACCCACUCGUCGUUCUUCUGCUGCUGCUGCUGCUCCUGCUCAAUCGGACGUUCCUGAUGAACAAGUGGAUAAUUAUGAUGGCGAUCUCAAGGCGCUCAGAGACAAACUUUCUGCUGCUCUUCUCAACCUUAGGGCCAAGGACGAUUUGGUCACUCAGCAUGCCAAAGUCGCUGAAGAGGCUGUCUCUGGUUGGGAGAAAGCUGAGAAGGAAGUGGUUGCUCUAAAGCAGCAAUUGGAGAAUGCAACUAAGAAGAACUCUGGACUCGAGGAUCGAGUUGGUCAUCUCGAUGCAGCGCUCAAAGAAUGCAUGAGGCAGCUGCGUUUAGCAAGAGAGGAUCAAGAACGAAGGAUAUCUGAGGCUCUUGCAAACACCACUCGUGAAUGGGAGUCCACGAAGUCCGAGCUCGAUUCCCAGAUCUCUCAACUGCAACAUGAACUUCAGGCUGCCAAAGGUGAGGCAGCUGCUACAACAUCGUCACUCGAUUCCGAGUUUCGAGCUAAGAUGGAGAGUUUAGAGAAAGAGAACUCUUCCCUCAAGCUGACACUUCUCUCUCGAGCUGAGGAAUUGGAGAUGAAGAUUAUGGAAAGAGACCUCAGCUGUCAAGCUGCUGAAACUGCUAGCAAACAGCAAUUGGAUGCCAUUAAGAAAGUAGCUAGGCUUGAAGCUGAGUGCCGCAGGAUGAAGGCUAUGGCGGCUCGAAAGGCUUCUCCUUCUUCGCUUGCUGCUGUCCAUAACAGAUCCUUUACUGCUUCAUCAAUCUAUGUCGAGUCCUUCACCGAAGACAGCCAGUCGGAUAGUGGUGAGAGGCUACUAGAGAUGGUGGAGUGUGACUCACAGAAAGUGAAUGGCUUGGAAAUGAAUGAACUCGAGCCAAGUUCUUCAGGUUCAUGGGAGCCUGAUGGUUUCAAAAAUCGGAAAAGUACUGGAAGAAACCAGCUCAUGCUGUUGCCUUCUCCAGAGAUCAAUCUCAUGGAUGAUUUUCUGGAGAUGGAAAGACUUGCUGCUUUGGCUGACACAGAUAGUGGUGGAAGCUCUUUUCAUGAGGCAGGCGGACCAGUAUCCGAACGAAGCAACAGCAUUGAGAGUCAAUGGAGAGCUGAACAUGCGGCCGUGAUUAAUCAGAAGACUACUGAUCUAGAGGAGAAGUUGGAAAAGGUUGAAGGCGAAAAGGUCAAGUUGGAGUCUGCUUUGAAUGAGUGCCAGAGUCAGCUAGGCAUCUUAAAAACUCAGCUGAAGGAAGCGAAUGAGAAGUUCUCGGUACUUCAAGCUGAGUUAGCUCAUUCGAAUGAGACAACAAAAGCCAGAGAAGAGGAGCUUAAGGGUGUUCUGGUGAUGAAAGAAGUUGCAGAGUCACAGCUUAGAAUUUCUGAGGAGGAGAUUGGAACCUUGCUUUCUAAAGUUGAUUCAUUAACAGCAGAGGUUGAAAAGGAGCAUGCUUCAGCAGCUGACAAUGAAAAGAAGUGUCUUGACUUGGAGAACAAGCUUCACGAAAUGAGACUUGAAUCUGAACUCCUUCAAAAAGCUGAACUCAAGCGAAUUACAAGCUUUAAUGAAGAGCUGAAGGUAAAACAGGAGAGAGAGCUAGCAGCUGCAGCUGCCAAGUUUGCAGAGUGCAAGAAGACAAUCUCAUCUCUGGGUCUUCAGCUAAAGUCUCUUGCAACUAUGGAAGAAGACUUGCUAGUUAUGUAGUGCAGUGCAGGAUUCCAAAAUGUCGAAUAACGAAACAGAGAUUGUUUUGGUUCCGGGGGUAGUGAAAAUUCGAGGGUGAGAUGGAGAUUUGCAUGAGGGAGAGAUGGAAAUUGCAUGGCAUUGGAUAUUUGCAGCUUGGUAUUGCACAUACAGAGCUAAUAGGUUAGCAUGUAAAUGUUGGAAUUUGAUUUGGUGGGUAUGACAAUAAUAAAACGAAAGCGAGAAAGCAAAAAAAUGGGAUGGCAUUUUGGCAUUGCCACCAGUUCUGGGUUUUCUUCUUUCCCAUGUGUAAAGUCAUCUUCCCCUUCAUAAAGAAUUACUGCAGUAAUACCUUCUGCUGCUAAUGGUGAUGGUUUCAGACUUUCAGUUAGUAUAUGAAGAUAUGGGAAACUGGAAAAAAGAAGUCGUGUAAAGUUGUUGGAUGUCGGGAUUGAUGUGACUGUUAUCCAACAACAGGUGAAGAAAUGGAAGUGGGAGGAGUGGGCAGAGAACAUGAGUUGGAGGUCACUGAGGAGGUUAGAAAGCAAAGAGAAAGAGAGAGCAUGUGAAUGUCAAUGGUUAGGCGACCUAUGACCUACACAAGUACACAGGCGAGGCGACAACAGAAGAUAAAAGCAGAGAACAUUCACAUGAUGAGCAGAUGCAGAUGGGCACUAGCUAAUAUGAUCAUCCAACCAACCGUUGUGCUUCCAUAUGCAGCAAAAAAAGCAGAAGAAAUGGCUCAAGGAAGCGCGACGAUACAUUGAACAAGGUUUCAUUUUCGAACAAUCCGCCGCGAGUUUUAUUUGAGAAAGAAAGAAAAAUCUAUCAACAGAGACAGACCACUCACUGCUGCAGUACUACUCUGUAUGUAUUACUACCGAUUAAGCUCUGCUUUUC